GAGAGCGUCUGCCAGCGAAGGCGGAGUCCGACGUAACUGUCAUUGCAUAGACGAGCGUGGGUCGAGCCCCCUGCCAACCCCCGACGAACGGUAGUCUCAGAUGUCGAGUCGAGUCCUGCAAGUGCUGCUCAGCCUCCUGCUCACCGCCGCUCUCAGCGCCGCUGCCGCAAAGCGACAGCUCUACUAUAUGGUCGAUUCAAACGACGGUGAUUCUCUCAGUCUGCGGGUUCCGUUACAAAACGAUCUGCAAACGCUCGUCUCACAACUGCUCACGAGGGUCAACGACAACAACUCAGAAGCACAGCACGUGCGCAAGCAAAUCUUCUCGAGGAAGUUCUGGAAGAGAUAGACGUCGCUCACCCCCAGCAGAACUGCGAUAAUCUGUUCAGAGCCAGUUUUACUAGCUAGAAAUAGAUUCAACCCAUAAUCUCUCUACCCGUGUCACCCAUGCCCCCACAUUUGAGUACCGG